GUUAUCAAAAAUUGCGCCAGGGUUGGCCCCGAAGGACAAACCAGAACGGUCGACGCCACGGUGUGCAAUGCAGGUCUCCCGUUCUCCGGCUCCGUCUUCUUGAUCACGGAACUCGGCCAACAAGCAACAGCCGUCAAGAUGGUCAAGGUUACCAACAAGACCCUCCACUCCUCGAGGCGCAAGUCUCGCAAGGCUCACUUCGGUGCGCCUUCGAGCGUCCGCCGCAACAUCAUGAGCGCUCCCCUGAGCAAGGAGCUCCGUGAGAAGUACAACGUCCGCAGCAUCCCCAUCCGCAAGGACGACGAGGUCCAAAUUGUCCGCGGCAGCAACAAGGACAAGGAGGGCAAGGUCACAUCAGUCUACCGUCUCAAGUACGUGAUCCACGUCGAGCGUGUCACCCGCGAGAAGACCACUGGCGCCUCGGUUCCCCUGGGCAUCCACCCCAGCAACGUCGUCAUCACCAAGCUUAAGCUCGACAAGGACCGUGAGGACAUCCUGGCCCGCAUCAAGGCCGGCCGUGUCACCUCGGGCAAGGCCAAGUCCAGCGAGUAA